GCCCCCAUGGAGUGGCUCCUGCAGCAGCUGGCGCGCUUCUCGGAGGUGCUGGCCGUCUCGCGCACGCCGCACGUCAGCACCUGGGACCCCGCGACCGUGCGCAGGGCCCUGCAGUGGGCGCGCUACCUGCGCCACGUCCACCGGCGAUUCGGCCGCCAUGCCCGCAUUCGCACGGCGCUGGAGCGGCGGCUGCAGAGCCAGUGGAGGCAGGACAGCGGGUCUGGGCCGGCGCCAGACCCGGGCCUGACGAACUUCCAGGCCCUGGGGCGCUGCGACCUCGUGCUGGCCCUGCGCCUGCUGCAGAACCGGGCCCUCAGGGAGGCCGUCUGGCACGCCCUAUUGCAGCAGGUCUUUCCCGGCCCGGGCGUGCCGGGCGCCGACGAGGACACGCUGCAAGGCCGGCUGGCCCACCUGGCCCGCCGCCGGGCGGCGGUGCACGUGCUGCGCCUGCACGGCUACCAGGAGAGCCCGGUCGUGCAGGAGGACGCCCUGCUGAAGACGCAGGCCGAGCUGCUGCUGGGGCGCCUGCGGGAGCGGGCCGGCGCCCAGGCCGAGGGCCCCGGCGGGCUGCUGAGCGGCCUGUGGGAGCGCGGGCCCCAGGACAACUUCCUGAAGGUGCUGGCGGCCGCGCUGCUGCUGUCGCCGCCCAGCCCGCGGCCCCAAGAGGAGGAGACGGGGCCAGGCACCCCCAACACGCCCGGAGAGGGGCACCAUGAGCUGCUCCGGUGGCUUCUGGGCAAGUCGGACAUCCUAGCUGCCUUUUGCCGCCGCCUCCCCGCCGGCGUUGUCGCUGCGGUGGCAGGCCGCCACCCCGAGCUCUCCCGGGUCUACCUGGGCCUGCUCGCGGACUGGGGGCGCCAUCUGCACUACGACCUGCAGCGAGGCGUCUGGGUGGGAGCGGAGUCCCAGGCCGUGCCCUGGGAGGAGCUGUACGGCCGGUUUCAAAGCCUCUGCCAGGCCCCGCCGCCUCUGAAGGAUGAAGUUCGGACUGCGCUGGAGUCCUGGAAGGCGCAGGAUGGAGAUUUCGAGGUCCCUGGUCUUAGCAUCUGGACAGACCUGUUGUUAGCUCUUGGGACUGGUGCAUGACGUUGCAUUUGGGAAACGACAAGUUUGAGGUCUCAGCCCAGGCCCCAGUUGUCUUCGCGCCACGUUCUGUUAUUGAUUAUUCGAAUAAAUGGUUUACAAAAUUAAAA